AAUAAAACAAACAUUUAUUUUUUUUAUCAAUAAUAUCCAUAUCCAUCUGGUAACUCUUUUUGGUGAUGAGAUCAUUGUUGCACUGGGCAGCACUGCUGCUCUUUGCGCUCCUGCUCCAUCUAACGGAUGCAUGGAUGAAGUACAACAGUUACACGGCAACCAGCAGGAAGCGCACAGAUCUACGCCGGAAGUGUCCAAAUGUGCGCGCCAUACGCAACUUUGAUUUGGAGCUGAUGAUGGGAAACUGGCACGUGGUGCAAUAUUAUGCAUCCACCGAGGAACUGCCGGAAUACGCCUGCAUGCGCAGCAACUUUGCCUUCUCCACUGAGGAUCAGCAUAUUACUAUGAACUUUAGCUAUAUCUUCGCUGAGGAUCCGUUGCGGGAAAAGCUACAAGGCAACAUUACUUGGUUAAUACCAGACUUUGGUACACCCGGCCACUGGAUGCACACAGAAGAUAUUUAUGAGGGCAUAUACAACACUUAUGUCCUGGAUACAGACUAUCAAAAUUGGGGUCUAAUUAUGCACUGCGCCGAGAAGAAGAAGCAUCCGCGUUAUUUGUCCGCUUUGUUGCUCUCACGGGAAUCUACGCUGGGAGACAAUGUGGUAACCUUUCUGAGAGAGAAAUUGCCACGCUAUGAUAUUGAUUUAUCUUUCAUGUUUGCCAUAAAUCAAACUUCGUGCGAGCAUCUGAUGGAGUCGAGUAAAGACGAUCCACUGGCGUAUAUUGUAAAUGAACAUCAAAACUCUCAAGAUACAUUUAAAGUUAUAAAUAAACCAGACACUAACUAAUCAAAAUG